AUGUUGGGAAUGACAGAUGUGAGAUUAUGCUACCUUCUCUUGUUAUUCGCUUGCUGUCAUGCCGGCGACCAUGAUGAUCAAGGAGGAGGAUUUGGAGAUGGUGGUGAUAUCCCUGGUACUGAUAACAACAACGAUCCAGGAGGAGGUGCCCCCCGACCGACGGUGAUUUUCGACAUUGACGGCACAUUGACGUUCAACGAACUGCCUCUUCCAUUUGUUCGCAAGGGUUCCCGCGAAGCCACACAACUCUAUUUGGAUUUGGGGUACGAAAUCAUUUUGUUGAGUGCCCGGCCCUGCCUGACACAAUGGCAAGCAGAUAUCGUCUUGUGGUUGUACAAGUUUCCCACGGACGAGUUUUUGAAAAUUGUCUGUUCUCCCAAUGUUAUCUGGGAUCCCGAUAUGCGAGGAUGGUUCAAAUUGCGUGUCAUGAAGGAAUUGCGGGACGAAUGGAAUUUGGUGUAUACCCAUGCGUACGGAGAUCAACCCAGUGACUUUGGUGUCUAUCAUGCCUUGGGAAUUCCACAAUCCAACGUCUUUGCCUUUCGACGUCUUUUUGAACCGGAUUGUUCUCCUGGACUCUAUGCCGAUUGUAUGGAAGAUUAUGUUACGCAUAAUAUCCUCUACAUUGCACGACAACCAUUUGUACCUCGACCCGAUCCAGCGGGUCGCAGUGGUGCAAUUCGGCUUAUUAUGGACAACAACAACCAUACAAGAAGAUGA